CGCACGGCAGCCACACUGAGUUCAUAUCAUUUCUAAUGGGACUGUGUUUACUGUCCACACUACAGUAAUAUUAAGGAUAUUAUUAGUUAUUAUUAAUCGUGCGUGUAAAGACAUGAGCACCAGAAACAGAUCCCCACCUGACUGAUCAAUAACCAAACAUCAUUCAUAAGGACCUCUAGCUAUACACCUGGACGGGUGCGAAGGCUGAGGGGAAAACAUAAGAAGCACAGUAGAGCAUCAGUGGACUUUACUGAGUUGCCCGUCAUCAGUCAAUAGCUGGAUCCGGACACAAUGGAUCUUACACCGGUCGCGCUUCUCGUGUCCCUCAUCUCCGUGUCUCUGUCUGCGGAUAACGCGGGCGGUAAAGCGCGGAGCUGCGCGGACGUGCGCCUCUUCUACAGCGGGAAAGGGUUCACGUUAAACGGUGUCCCGCAAUCUGAGAUAUCAGGGGAACAUCUUCGAAUCUGUCCUCAGGGCUACACCUGCUGCACCAGUGCCAUGGAGGAGACACUGUCGAACCUGAGCCGCCGGGAGUUUGAGGGUCUGGUCAGGGAAGCCGGACGUUCCAUACAGGCCUCGCUCAAUGCCCAGUACAGAACAUUUGACACAUACUUCCUGGAACUUCUAAAUGGCUCUGAACGGUGGCUGGAGGAGGCUUUCGUGGCAGCUCUGGGGGAUCUGUACCGGCCUAACGCGGGAGUGUUUCGCGAUCUCUAUGCUGACCUGCGGCGGUAUUACAGUGGUGCCGCCCUAAACCUCGAGGAGGUUUUGGACGAGUUCUGGAUGAGGCUCUUGGAGCGUCUUUUGAAGGUGUCCGACCCUGAGACCGCCUCCCUGCUCUCUGACGACUUCCUGGAGUGUGCCUCCAAGCAGACAGAGACCUUGCGUCCUUUUGGUGAUGCUCCACGUGAACUGAAGGCCAAGCUGGUGCGGGCUUUCAUUGCCGCUCGGGCGUUUGUCCAAGGCCUUAAUGUGGCGGGAGAGAUUGUACGGAAGGUGUCUCAGGUUCCUCUGAGUCCGGAGUGUAAUCAUGCCAUUAUGAAGCUGGUGUACUGCCCGCAUUGUCGAAGCCUUGGUUCAGUCAAACCUUGCAUUAACUACUGCAAGAACGUCAUGAAGGGCUGCCUGGCCAAUCAAGCUGACCUAGACACUGAAUGGCAGAGCCUUUUAGAAACCAUGCUACAGGUGGCCUCCAGUUUUGGUGCCGAGCCCAGUAUGGACACGGUGAUCUAUUCCAUUCCUGUGAGAAUUUCAGAGGCUGUUCUCACCAUGCAGGAGAAUAUGGAGAUCUAUACAAGCAAGGUUUUUAAGGCUUGUGGGGACCGUGGUGAGGAAGGCACACCGAGCUCAGUAUCUGAUGAGUCAAAAAAGAAAGCAAACACAGUAACAGCCCUUGAAUAUAAACCCAGCCCCAAAGCUGCAGCCAGACUGGAGGUACAGGUCACAGAUGUGUCCAGUAAACUGAAGGAAAUGCAGUUGUACUGGAUCCAGCUCCCCUCCGCUCUCUGCAGUGGAAAAACAGCAUCUACGGCCAACAGUGACAAAUGUUGGAAUGGCAUGACCAAAGCUAGUUACCUCCCAGAGGUCAUGGGCGAUGGGCUAGCCAAUCAGAUUAAUAACCCAGAGGUGGAUAUUGACAUCACCAAGCCAGACAGGACUAUACGUCAACAGAUUAUGCUGCUGAAGAUCAUGUCUAAUCGCCUGAAAAAUGCCCUCAAUGGCAACGAUGUGGAUUUUCAAGACACAAGUGAUGAUUUCAGUGGCUCGGGAAGUGGUAUGUGUGCGGACCACCUUUGCGUCCAUGGUAGGCCACCAGUCUUUGGGCCGAAAACUGACAGGCCCAAACUCUACGCCUAUGGCCCUGAAAACAAAAAAGUCAAAGGCUAUGGCAACCAGAUUCAGCCUUCUGUCAUCUUACUGGUAGUGUUACUUGCAAGUCUACUGCUGAGACGGUAAUGGAGACACAGUACCGCUAAAUCAAACUUUGGGAUCUGGGUCAGAAAAUUUGGAUAGGGUGGAGACAGAACACGGAAUGUUAUAAAUAAAAGGAUUAGAAAAAAUGAGAAAUGGUGAGCUAUUAAAAUUGCCAAAAGAAAAAAUAAAACCAUGUGAGUGAAUGGACAUUUUACUUCCUCUGGAAUAAAACAGAGGCAUGAAAAUAGCUGGAAAUGGAAUUUUGUUUUUUGUGUUUUUGUUAUGUUUUGUAAUACACAUCAGAUUUUAAGUGCUGACUUGUUGCAUCAAUUGACGUCUUGUUUUUUUUUUUUACCUUUGAAUGUAAAAAGAUGAACUGGAGAGGAAGAAUUCUGGUUUAAAUUCACAAUAUGAGGAUUUCAGCCACCUAAUCGACUUACAUUUAUCUGCUCAUAAAGUCACUCAGACACCAACUACACCAAGUGGUUUAUGUCACCAUACUUGAGUUAUGCAAGGUCAUUUUUGCACAGUUGUCCAUUUUGUCUAAAAUAUUUCAUAGACGACCAUAGUUACGUAAGACUAAAGGAUUAAGGGGCCGUUCACACAAAACACAUUUUUGCAUCCAUCUGCUGUUUGUCUAGGUAAACAUAUGUCUAAGUUUUGUCUAAAUAACAUUUUGUCUAAGUAACAUAACCGGUGUGACGUCUUUGAUCUUGCAGAUUUUAACAUCUCACGCAGGAGCAGCACUUUUUUAGAAGCUGUGUCAAGCUAAAAGUACCUCAACUGUCAAAAACCUGUAUUGAGAUACCUGCAUUAUAUUUGUUGCGUCUAGCAUUUUUUAGCACAAGAACGUCUAGUGUUUUUUAGAGCAAGAAUGUCUAGUGCUUUUUAAAGCAAGAACGUCUACCAUUUUUUACCGCAAGAACACCUAGCGUUUUUAGCGCAAGAACUUCUAACAUUUUUUCACUGCAAGAAUGUCUAGCCUUUUUAGAGCAAAAACGUUUAGCAUUUUUUUGUGCAAUAACGCAUUCGGUCUCAACGGCCCCCAAGUCUGUUCUGUUUUACAUUACAAAAAUAUAUGAGCUUUGGCGUGAACAUGAACUGUAAUAUACUGAGUAUCUAAGAAAUUAUGUGACAACAAAAAUGGUGGUUUCUUUAACUGUGAUUCAUCAUUAAAGAUUUAGACAGUGAAUUUACAUACUGAAUGUCUGCUACAAAUUUGUACGAUAGCAAGCUACAUUAAUGGGUAAAGGUUGUGAAAACUGUAAAGAAUUUUCCAGGUUAUAUUUUACCGAAAAAUCAAAAGGAAAAUAAGACAUUAUAUUUUGCAUAAAGAAAAUAAUGUCACAAUACAAAAAUCAUUAUGGUCCUACAAAUAGGCUUCAUUUUCUUUGUACAAAAUAUAACUAAUGUAAAGUGUUGGGUAAGUAACUCAAAAAAAAGUAAUCCGCUACAAAUUAUUUCUCUAAAAUUGUACUCAGAUAACUUUGCUGAUUACUUCCUGCCAAAAGUAAUCACAUUACUAAUUACUUUACUUUUAAGCUACUUUCUAAAAUACUUUUUCACAGAAGUUUUUUGUUUUUCUGUCAACAAAUUCAAACAUCAAUAUUUCCUCCUUGUUCACUGUUGUCGCACACAAGUUAUAUAUACCCUUACGUUUCACCCAUACAAUGACUCGUUACUAUCAUUGUUAUUUGCUAUCACAAAAACGCAAAUGUAUUCUGUUCAACAUGUAUUCUACAUGUUAUUUUAGAAAGAUAUGUAACCCAAGUAAUGUACUUAAAAGUAAUUAACUUAAAGUCAGUAACAGUAAUCUGAUUACAAGAAUUUGAAAUGUGUGACACUAAUUUUAAAAUACAGUAACUAAUUACUUUGUAAUAAGAUUACAUCCAAAACUCCAUUCAUAACUAAAUAUGAGUAUGUUUUCUAUUGAUUUGGGGGUAAAAUAUGACUUAGUAAGAGGACACAAUCAUCUACCUUUAGAUGUUCUUGUUUAAAAUUGUAAAUGUACAACAAUGAAUGACAGGAAGAAAGCUAUGUACAAAAUACUUUUGCAAACCAUUAACUUGCAUUUAGGAACUGUUGGCUGCAUUAUUGCUCAGAGCAGCAAAUAAUUAUACUUGGAAUGUCACUUUUUGGAACUCAAUUUGUAUGAGUAUGUUCAGUACACAUGGCAUACUUAUGAGUUAAACAGAAGCAUGUGUCAGCCUUGGAUGAAUUGAUUUGCCUUUAAUGGAAUUUUUAUUAUUAGCCAAAGCACACGGGAAGCAGUCAUUUACAGACUGUACCAUUUUAAAAUAAACAACUGUCACUUUCAUGAAAUAAACUUGUGAGGCAUUUCACGAUUUCUAUUCCAGAGUAAUGUGAUUUGGACAAACAUGAAAAAACAUUCCUAUAAAAUGACUUGGACAAAAUGUUAAUAUCAGCAUCUAUUGUCUAACUGUUGCAUUUAAAGAUGUGAAACAAGAUCAAAAUGUUCUUCAUCUUUUGUCAACUUCUGAGCAUCUUCCAAUGUUUGAUUAACAGAUGACCCUUCCUUUUAUGAUACACGAUUGCUGUUGAAUACAUAAGGACCUGGUUUUGUCAGAUAGGUACGAUAUGUGAAGCAAAAAUGUAAAAAGUUGUGGAAUGUAAACCAAGAACAUGAGAUGUAGUGUACGGUCUCUGUCACAGAAAGGUUCGUUUUUGUACUUGGUUGUCCGAUAUAAAUCAAAAGCACAUUGUUACUCUUAGUCGAACGCAUGACUCAUCGAAUGGACAUUGAGAAGGGCUCAAACUUAACCUUAAUGUGUUCCAUAUAUCAGUGACAAAUUGAGCACACUCUCAUUUGAGCAUAUUUGAGGGAUGCAGAGAUGUGUGUAUUGGGAAAUUACAUUUGUUAUAUUUCAGCACUUGCAUUUUGAUUUGAGGUAUGAAUGUAAAUUUGGUCUGUUUUACGUAAAUAAACAUGCA